AUGUCCAAAGAUUUCUCAGAUAAAAAGAAACAUACGAUUGAUCGAAUUGAUCAGCACAUUCUUCGUAGAUCUCAGCAAGAUGCCAGCUCCAAUGGAAGUUCUCCGUGGAUGAAGGUCAACUUACCACCUCCUCCAUCCCCACAGGCUCGUAUGCAUGUCCAAGGCGACCUAUCACCAACUCCGAAAAGGCGAAAGCUGGCAUCUCCAAACAAUUAUGAAAACAAUCAAUAUGAUUCAUCUGCAAAUCAGAGGAGCUUAUGCUUGCAAGAUGCAGGCAAUAAGCUAGUGCAAAGUCUUCCUGAGUUAUCUGCUUCUAAUAGCGACAAUGCAUCUCCAGUGACAAAGAGUGUGGCCUUUUCCGAUCGGAUAGAGUCAUCGCCAAUUCAUCACGUACCAGGUUCUUCACCAAAGCCAUCUCCCUCAAGUAAGCCAGGAAAAUCAAUCUUAAGAAAUAGAAUGCCAUCGACGAGAAGUGCAAGUGAUUUGAGCCACAAUAAACUCCAGCGUCCUCAACAUCAAAUGCACGACGGAAAUAUUUUCACAUCACCUUAUAAGGAACCUAUUGGAAUCAAUCCCCGUACUUUAGAUUAUUGGGUAAGUGGUGAAAUCCACAGCUUAGUUGAAAGUGAAAGCGUUUCAGAAUUUAAAGAGACUAUAGAGGGUGGAUUGGGUAUUCUACGCCAAGAAUCUGCAGAAUAUGUGGCAAGGAGGUUUGAAGUGUACGCAACAUUCAACAAUAUCAUACCCAUUUUAACUGAUAAAAAUGCUGCUGAAGUUGAUCAGAAAUUCAACGUUCUCAUUGUUAAUAUAGAAGGCAUCGUUGAGAUAUGCAUACCACACCUACGGACUGCCCAGGACACGUUGCUUAGUUCCAGUGAAAAAAAAAAUCCAUUUAUAAUUAGACUGUACGUUCAAAUAGUUCGAUUUUUUGGUGCUAUUAUGGCUAAUUUCAAGAUCAUGAAGUGGCUAAUGAAGAGGCCAGAUUUGGUGAAGAAAUUGAAAGUUAUCUACAAUUGGACAGCCGAUGCUUUAAAAAACGACAAUUCGAAUAAGAUAAUAAUAACUGCACAGGUGUCUUUCCUAAGAGAUGAAAGAUUUGGCACUUUUUUCUUGAGCAAUGACGAAAUCAGGCCAAUUAUCAGAGUUUUCACUGAAAUAAUGGAAAUCAACAGCAACAAUUUAAUAUAUGAGAAACUACUCCUUAUAAGGGGAUUUUUGAGUAAGUAUCCAGAGUUAAUGAUUGAAACAGUGACUUCUUGGUUACCAGGUGAGGUCUUACCUAGAAUCAUUAUUGGGGAUGAAGUUUAUUCGAUGAAGAUUCUAAUAACUUCAAUAGUUGUACUACUGGAACUACUGAAAAAAUGCUUGGAUUUCGUUGAAGAACAUGAAAGAAUUUACCGAUGUGUUAUGGUCCUACCAAUAACCGAAACAGUUCCCGAAAAAUUCUUAUCUAAACUAUCGUUAAAUUCAAGUGAUGCUGCUGAUCUGAAAAAAGUAACAAUUGGUCAUCUUUUAACACAUCAAAUAAAAUAUUAUAUUGUGAAUAAAAAUGACAGUAAACUAGCCAUGGAUUUAUGGCUUUCCAUGACUGGAUUAUUGUAUGAUAACGGUAAAAGGGUUUAUGAUCUAACAUCAGAAUCGAACGAACUUUGGUUUGGUCUAAAUAAUAUGUGCUUUAUCGACGAUCAUCCAAAAACUCGCCUUAUGUCCAUCAAGGUCUGGAGAAUUGUCACCUACUGCAUCUGUACAAAAAUAUCUUUGAAAAAUCAAGAAGGGAAUAAAAAGUUACUGUUACUCUUACAAGCGCCCUUUCAAAUGACAUUGCCAUAUGUAAAUGAUCCAAGCGCUAGAGAAGGAAUAAUCUACCACUUUUUGGGUGUCGUCUACACUGCAUUCACAAGCAAUAAGAACCUAUCUACGGACAUGUUUGAUCUCUUUUGGAAUAAUCUAAUAGCACCAAUUUAUGAAAAUUAUGUUUUCAAGUAUAAUUCCAUUCAACUGCAGAAUGUACUUUUAACAAUUUUGCAUUUACUUAUCGGGGGCAAUAAUGAAGAUAUUGCAUUGGGAAGGAAAAAUAAAAAGCUUAUCCAUUCUAUGAGUGUAAUGGCUUCAGAAGGUGUGAAACUAAAAGACAUUUCGAGCUUACCUCCGUCGAUUAUCAAGUCAGCAUAUGACAAAAUUAUGGAUGUUGUGUUCCAGGCUAUAAAGAGAGCUAUGCCUAAUAUCAACUUGGCCAACAAUCUAAUUUUUACGUCUCUGAAACAUCUCCCGGAAGAUAAGAAAGAUAAGAGCCAUUUAGAAGCAUUCAGUAGCUUAAUAUUGGAAGUUGCGGAAAAUAAUAAAGAUAAACCAAUUUUUCACGACUGUUUUGGAGCUAUAUGUUCUUCGUUAGUUCAUACGUUUUUGGAGCUCUUUUUGAAAAAAAGUGAUUCUUCGUUAAUCGAUUUCAAUAUCAAACUUUCUAGAGUUAGUAAUGUACAAGAAAACAUGACCCUCGACCUAUUGAAAGACGUCAUCAGGAAAGCUCGCAAUGAAACAUCUGAAUUUUUAAUAAUGGAAAAGUUUUUAGAAUUAGAUGAUAAAAAAAUUGGAAUAUAUGCUCAAAAUUGGGUAGGGUCAACGCUCUUAUCAUCAAAUAUUUCCUUCAGAGAAUUUCAAAGUUUGGCAAAUAUAGUAGAUAAAGUUCCGAAUGAAAGCUCCAUUGAAAAUUUUUUGGACCUGUGCUUGAAGCUCAGUUUUCCAGUUAAUCUGUUUACACUACUCCAUGUGUCUGAAUGGUCAAAUGAUAAUUUCAUUUAUUUCAUUCAAAGCUACGUUUCAAAAGAUGAAAACAGAUUAGAUGAGGAUUUGAUCACGCUAUUGAAAUUCUCUUUACCAGGCAAUCCUGAACUAUUCUUGGGCCUGUAUCCGUUCUUGAGACAGCACAAAUUUAUGAACAUCCUAGAAUACUGCAUUUGCUCCAAUCCAACUUUAUUGAGUUAUAUCUCUGAUCUAAAUUCUGAUUAUCUGAUGAAUCUGUUGCCACUUAGUAGGGCGUCCUAUUUUGCGGCAAAUAUCAAGUCGUUCAAAUCUUCCGAACAGCUUACAAUAAUCCGUUGGCUGUUGAAAGGUCAAAAACUUGAUCAGAUAAAUGAAAACUUUUCAGAAAUCAAGAAUGUUUUACUAAAUGCGCCUGCCGAUGGGUCGGAGAAACCAAGGAUAAUCGAAGAACUUUUUCAAUUAGCUAUCAAAAAUCCCAUUGAACCGUUAUUUACCGAUUUAUUAAACUUUUGCAUUAACAAUAGCAUAGUAGACUAUCUGGAUGAAUUCUGCGGAACUAUCAAUGAUGAAAUUAUCUCGAAGAUAAAUCCGGUACUGCUACUUAAUUUGCUGACAUACAAAGAAAAACCAAAUGAGGCACUGCUAACAGCACUUAUUAAAAAAAUUGAGAAUGAAGAAGAUGAUUACAUGUUCAUGUUCCUAAAAGAAACUCUUGCACGAAAGGAACUCUCAAUCUUGGAAAGAUUGAAGGAACCGUUCUUUAUUUUCUUUUUAGAUCCAGAUAGGUCCAGCAAGCAAAAAAAUGACAACAGUGCCAAUAUGUUUCGCGAACUAGUCCAGCUAUACUUGACCAAGCCGCUUUCCAGAAGUGCCGCCAAAAAAUUUUUCUCCAUGCUGGUCAGCAUAUUACCACCGAAGCCUAGCCAUCAAACUGUAAAUAUGGUUCAUUUAUUAGUUGGCCUGAUAAAAUCACAUAGUCGUAAGUUCAAAGAUAAAAGAACCUAUAAUGCGACUUUAAGAACGGUAGAAAAAUGGAUUCAAGAGUCAGAGAUAAUUAAUCAAGGAGACUCAAGCAAAGAAAUUGAUACCUCACCUAAUGCAGGCUCGAUAUGCACCUCACAUGACUUACAGGACGAAAAGAACGCUCCGGCAAGCUUAUCGAAAGCAACAACUAUCGAAGAUAUUCAGGUUCCCGCUACACAAAGGAUGAAGGAUCUUUCUUCUUCGUAUCAAAUGCCUCUACAGGGCAUUGCAGAAGAUCUUGACACAAAGCAAAACGAAACUAUUUCAGACGUAAAUCUCGCACAGCGGCAAAUACCUGCUAAUCUAAGCAGAUCAUUUACAGAUGAGACGUUAGAAGAAGUCGAUAAUCAAAGUAGCAGAGAAAUAGAUCAACAGGCAAAAAGUACACAGUUACAUGACAAGAUUACUAAUUAUGAAAGCGUCCGUCAUAGUAAAAGCGAUGAUGCGGAAGUUUCUGAACUUCAUGAAGAUGGCACCGAGGAACAUCAAUUUGAAGGAAAUGUUGAUAAACAGACAGGGGUUAUCGCUGAUCAUCUGAGAAACGUAACGAAUGAGUACACUAAAAGCAAAAUUAAGCAAAACAAAAUUGAUGAUGACGCUCUGCAGCGUUCUUCCAAAGAAACUUCUGCCUUUAAAAGUGAAAAAUCAAAAAGACACAGAAAGGGUGAAAAAGUAGUCGGUGGUCCAUCCCCCGAGAGGGACACAGUGUUUUCCAGCACCGAAAUUGUUCAUCUCGAUGUCAAAAACCAAAUUCGUCAAGAACCUUCCUCAACUCCAAAAGAUAAUAGAAAAGUAGAUACAAACUCCAGUCAAGAUUCAAUAGUGGUCGCUCUGAGUUCUGAAGAGCGGUCUUUAGCCAGGGAGAAGAUAAAAGGAGAGGAUAAACGAGGCCAUAGAUCAGGGGAACAUGACUUCAUUAACAGCACUGAAAACGAAAAGGUAACAGAAGGCAAGAUCACGCAAGAACAAUCCAUGAACGUAACCGCCCUCCGAAAUGGUGAAAAUGAAGAAAAAGGUCGUACUCACGUCGCUGGACAAGCUUCGUUAAUCAUCAAUAAGGGGCAGCAUAGUAAAAUUCAAAUUCCAAGUCAAGUUAUACUGCUCGAUAACCCAGAGCCGGGAGAGGGAUUAAAAGCAGGUACCUUGGAUUAUGAUGAUGAAGAUGAGCGUGACGCAGUUAUGGGAGAGAUUUAUCAAGCGGAUACAAUUGACAGCAGGAGCGUAAGCAAUAAGAGAAUAGACGACACACAGGCGCAAAAUGUUGCGAAAGAAUCCAGAGAAGCUAUUGCAAUUGAAAGGACACUGAAUGUACAUGUAGAAGGAAGUAUGACAAGUAAAACUAGUGAAAAGCUUGAGGACGUGCACAGAGAAAGGGAAGAGGCCAAUACAAAUGACGAUUUUGUCCCAGUUGAAGAGCAUGGUGGAGAUGAAGUUUUCUUGAAAGAAAUGGAACAAGAAGCAUCAAGAGAGGCAAGUCUCCUAAAAGAAGAAUAUGAAGCAGCGGAUACCUCAGUACUACCAGAAAUACGUAUACCUAUUUUCAAUUCCUUAAAAAUACAGGAGUCGAAGAGCCAAGCGAAAGAGAAAUUGAAAAGCAGAUUGAAAAGAAAUGAAUCAAUGCCACCAGAUUCGCCUCCACGACUGGCGGCAAGUACAAAUACAAAUAUAAAAAAUGUGCACCGCCACUUAGUCGCCGUAGGAAAAACGAUUGAUGAAAAAGUAGAAAAACAUGACCAAAUUCAAUUGGGUCUAGGGCAAAUAGAAAUUAAUGAUGAUCCUUCGCUAAUGGGAGAUGGCAACGAGGAUGCUACUUCUAGAGAAGCUACACCUUCAUUAAAAAUACAUUUUUCUACGAAAAAGUCAAGAAAGUUAGUGAGCAGAUUGAGAGGAUUUACACCGGGGGAUUUGAACGGAAUAUCUGUGGAAGAGAGAAGAAACUUGAGAAUCGAAUUACUGGAUUUUAUGAUGAGGCUCGAAUACUACUCUAACAGGGAUAAUGAUGUGGACUGA